AUGCCUACCACUUACCUGAUCACCGGAGCUACAGGAUACCAAGGAGGGUCCACGGCCCGCCAACUCCUCUCCCACGGCCACCGCAUCCACGCAUUCGUGCGCAACCCCUCAUCACCAGCCGCGCAGAACCUCGCAGCCCUCGGCGCCACACUCUUCAAAGGCGACUACAGCGACCUACCCUCCAUAAUCGCUGCCACCAAAGGAGUAUCCGGCGUCUUCCUCAACACGUUCCCAGAUUUCCAACACCCCGAUGGCGAAGUGCCGCAGGCGCAGAACUUCGUAACCGCUGCUAGAGAAGCAGGAACCGUCACGUCAUUCGUCGUGUCCACGGUAUUCAAGAGCAAAGAGAAUCUGGAGUUCACAGCUGCCAGGACGAGCGACUUUCCAUUCUUGGCACGGUACUACAGAAGCAAAGCCGGCGUCGAGGAUGUCGUGCUCGCGAGCGGGAUCAAGCAUGUCACGAUAUUGAGGCCAACUGGGUUGGGAUACCAGUACUUGUCCCCAUAUUGCUUGCUGUAUUUUCCGGAGUACCCAAAGGAACAUUUCAUGACUGUUAGUUAUGCGAAGGAAUACCGACAAGGCCAUUUGGAUCCAGAAGAUGUGGGGAAGUUUGCUGCGGCAGCUUUCUUGCAGCCGGAGAAGUUUGGUGGGAAGACGAUCGAGCUGGUGAAGGAGGUGUUGACGUUUGAUGAGAUUGUGGCAGUCAUCAGCCGUGUUUCGGGAGUCAAGAUUGGAACCAGAUAUCGGAGUCAGGAGGAGACCAGAGCGCUCGUCCUCUCGGGGAAGUUCCCGGUCCUCGAGACGCAGAUGAUUCCGCGCAGGCUGGAUUAUGAAAAGGAGGUUACAAGUUUUGAAGAGUAUGGGAUACAGCUUGGUACACUUGAAUGUUUCUUGGAGAGAGAGAAGUUGAAGUUGUUGGAGACUUUGGGUGUGAAAGUCUAA